CACAGCAGCCAUCAGCUCCCAAACUCUAGUUCAUCUCUCCCCCAGCCGCCGCUCGAUCAUUUCCUCCAACCAGAGAGCAGAGAAAGAGAGAGAGGGAAACACACACACCAGCCCUUCAUCACAGCUCAUUCCCAACGAGGAAAAGCGAAGGAAAGACGCCACAGCAGAUCCAGCAAAUCCUCCCCGGCUCGUUUUUUUCUUCCAUGGCGAAAGCGCGUUAAAGAGCGCGGCGCACAUCAGCCUGCUUUAUCGGCAUCGCGGCGGCGCGGAGCUGCCUGUAGCUGCCGGAGGAGCUUCAGCUAACAAAGAAAAACACGAAAAUAAACGUCUGCUGAGCAAACCGCUUCCCUGCGCCUUCACGAUCACAAGGCAAGAGCCCGAAGACCAAAACUGACAUGAUGUUUCCACAAUCCAGGCACUCGGCUUCAUCACAGCAGCUGAAGUUCACAACGUCAGACUCGUGCGACCGCAUCAAGGACGAGUUCCAGUUCCUUCAAGCACAAUACCACAGUCUGAAGCUGGAAUGUGACAAGCUGGCGAGUGAGAAGUCAGAAAUGCAGCGUCAUUAUAUCAUGUAUUACGAGAUGUCUUAUGGGCUGAACAUCGAAAUGCACAAGCAGGCAGAGAUCGUGAAGAGAUUAAAUGGGAUCUGUGCUCAAGUCUUGCCUUACCUGUCUCAAGAGCACCAGCAGCAGGUUCUGGGGGCGAUAGAGAGAGCCAAACAGGUCACUCCACCAGAGAUGAACUCCAUCAUACGGCAGCAGCUCCAGGCUCACCAGCUCUCCCAGCUGCAGGGGCUGGCGCUGCCCAUGACCCCUCUCCCCCUCGGCCUCAGCCAGCCGGCCGGCCUGCCCGCCGUCACCUCCAGCUCCGGCCUCUUCUCCCUCUCCAGCAUCCUGGCAUCCCAAGCCCAGCUGGCCAAAGAGGACAAGAGCACACGCGAGACGUCCGACAGCCACCGCGAGGAGGACGGAGACAAAUCCGACUAGUCGACGGCCAAACCCAAUCAUCAUCAUCAUCAUCAUCAUCCAGAGCUCAGCGUAGAGCAGAAGCACUUGUUCCCCCCCUUUUCUUUUCCUUCAUUUUCCACUUUCCUUCUAUCUUUCUAUCUCCCCUCUGAAUUGCUAAACUCAUUCGUUCUGGUUCAUUCCACCAGCUUUCUCUCUAUGUAUUUAUACUGAUCCUCCUUUUUAUUGUGUUACGGAUGCUUGAUUUGAUUUUAUUUACACUUCUUUCUUGCCUGCUAUAUGUAUAUAUCUAUAUAUAUUGUAUAUUUCUUAUGCUCGUUGUGGAAAAAAACGGUGUGACCGUUAAUGGACCAUCGACCCUUCGGUAAUAAUUCCUCUUUGGUUUUUUUUUUCUCCUUUUUUUUCCUUCUCCCCCGCUCACUCUCUCUUCCUCUUAAAAUCUUUCACCUUUUAAAGCUACAAUCUACAAUAACUGAGUCAAAAGCACUUUGGCCCCAGGCUGUAACUCGGAGACUAAAAGCGACGUUGAAUCAAAAAACUUAGCCGCGGCAUAAUCCAUUUAGAGUUUAAAGGAUCUGUGUUGUUGUAAGAAAGCACGGCUGUUGCAUCUAUUCUACCUUAAAGGGACAGUUCGAGUUAAAAAUGAGGGCUUUUGUGUUGUUCCAAACUUGUUUGACUAAUUUUUUUUUUCAUUUAACACAAAAGCAGAUGUUUUGAAGAAUGUUCAAGCUGCCUCUUCUUUUUUUUUUACAAUGAAUGGGAACUAACUCUUAUCAAGCGUCAAAGGGGACAAAGAUAUGAUUAUUAAAAACAAUGAACUAGUCUAUAUAAUUUGUGUAGUUUUAAUAAAGCUGAAGGCGGAGAAAUAUUAGAAAUAUGUUGAAAAGAGCAGUUCGGACACUUCUGAAACCAAAAAAACAUGCUAAAAAAGUAAUAAUGAUUUAGAACAACACGAGGAUUGAGAUGUUUUUCUUGUUUCAAAUAUGUUUAACUUUUUUCAAAAAACAAAACAAAAAGAGAUGUUUUAAGAAUGUUCACGCUGCUCUUUUUCCCUACAUUGAAGUGAAUGGGGACCAAAGUUGUGAGAUCUAAAAGCAUCACAAAUUUAGUCUACAGUAUAUAAUUGUAUAUUAGGUUUUUAAUUGGAUAGUUAACCCAAAUCUAAUUUAUUCUUCCUCGUUUGGUUUUAAACCCAUAUGAGUUUCUUUCUUCUGUUGAACAAAAAAGAAGAUAUGAAGAAUGCUGGUAGCUGGGAACAAUUGACUUCCGUAGUAUGAAAAAAAUAUGGGUGCCAGCAUUUUUCUAAAUAUCUUAUUUUUUUCUGACCAGAAGAUAGAAACUCAAAUAAAUGUCGUUUUCAAGUGAAGCAUGAGUAAAUGGAUUGAAAUGUUUGGAUGAACUAUACGUUUACCUUUGACAUUUAAUAGUCACUUUCAUUUUAUAGAAAAAGUUGCUUGGAUACUACUCUGAAUACUGAAUACUUUUAUGUGAUUAGAACAACAUGCAUGUGGCGUGAUUAAUUUAUUGAACUGUGGUGUUGUUUCAAACCUGUUUGACUGACUGACUUCAAAAAGAGAUGUUUCUAAAAAUGCUUGCUCUGCUCUUUUACAUACAACUGAAGUGAAUGGGGAUAAAAGCUGUUAAGCUUUGAAAACACAAUAAAAGCAUAAAGAAUGUAGUCAAUGUGACUCCUGUACCAUAGUGCAAAACAUGGUAACAUAUCAUGUAGCAUAAGCCACCUAAAUCAGAAACUAUAAGUUAUUAAUGAUCUAUAUUAAUAUUAAUAUAGAAUUUAAGUCGUUAAUCAUUAAAAAAUGUUGCUUGUAAGCUAUGGUCAUUCACCUUCAUUGUGUGAAAAAGUAUCAAUUCAAUUAAAUAGCAGAAUUAUGGAAGCAGCAAUGUAAGAAAACAUUGAUAAGGCUGCUACAGGAAACAAAGAGAGAUUUCAAAAAGUGUCCAAGCUGCUCUUUUGCACAGUAAAAUGAAAGGGGAAUAAAGCUGUCGAGCUUUUAAAAGAACAUAGUGCCGUAAAAAAAAUAACAAAUAUAAUCUAUACAGUGGAGAGCAUGAAUAAGUACACACAAAGUAAUAUUUUUAUCCUUUUCUCAUUGAAUAGAGAAAACAAAACAACAAUUUUAUUCAUUUACAUAAGACUUUGGUCACUGAACAGCUUUAAGAAUAGAAAGAUAAUUCAUUUUAAUUCUAAUGAGAUGAUGUACAAAAAUACUACAAACUAACAUUUUAAAUAAAUGUAGUGGGUGAAAAUAUAUUUUUUUA